AUGGAAGAAACUCAUUUCACCCAGGUGGCUCUUCCUGCAGAUGCUUUAGCCUCCAAGUGGCCAAUGGCUGCCCCUAUGAAGGUGAGGCUUUUCCAGUCCUACGUAAUAGACCUGAGUGACCAGAAUAGUGUCUUAGUUCAGAAGAUGGAAGAGCUGGAGAGAGAGUCUGAGUGGAAGGUGGCUACACUAGAGGCAGAGCUUCAGCACCCAUCCCUGGCUCAGCGCCCGGUGCCAACAGAACACCUUUCAGGAUCCACAGCAGCGCAGAUAACUGUCACUCCACCACAGCAAAUGAUGGAGCAAGAAGAACUGAGAGUUCAACUGGCAUCUAAAGAGCAGCUUAUUCAUCAGUUAAAUGUCCAUCUGAGGGAGGCAAAUCACAACCAGGAAAAGUCAAAAGCAGAGAUUCUGGAGAAGGAAGCUAAGAUUCGGGAGCUGCAGGAGAUAAUCACAGACCUUCACCAUGAAAUUUCCCUGAAGGAUUUGGAGGCAGUCAGUCAACUGGAGGAGAAGCACCUGCUGGAGACCACAGUGCAAUGCCUCAGGCAGAUGCUGGAUGCUCAAGAGCAGAGGAUCUAUCAACUGCAGACCAAGCAGACGGAGAGGCAGGCAGAACUGGAGCAGAAAUGCAGCCGGAUCCAGCAGCUCGAACAAGACCUGGAUGCCAGCGGCAGACUACAGGAGAAAUCCCAGAGGCAGCUUGGGGAGUGUAAUGCACGUCUGGCCCAGGUAGCAGGAGAGAAUGAGGCUCUACAAGGCCAUCAGCUUGAGCAGAUGUUAGAGGCACAAGAAACAAAGACUCAGCUUGCUGAAGCAGAGGUGGAGGUGGUCAUCAAGAGGAGCAAAUAUAGCAUGGCACAGAAAGAUAUGAGCCAGCAGCACCAGACCAUCCGGACAUUAGAAGAAAAGCAAGCCCAUCUGCAGGCCCAUUGUCACCACCUGGAGGAGGAGACUGGCUUUCUGCAUGCCAGGCUGGAGCCCCAAGGCCUGGCACUGGAGAAUGAGCAGACGCUGGUAACCAGCCAAUUAUGCCACAAAGAAGAGCAGGUGGUGACGUUAACGGGCGAGCUGCUGAAGGCAAAGGCUGAGGCACAAGCAGCUGAGCAGAAGCUGCUGCAGCGUGACCAGCUGGUGGAGCAGCAGAAAGUAGAUCUUGUGGCAGUCCGAGAGGAGCUCUCCAGGUACGCAGGACAGCUCGCAGAGCUGCGCACAGACCAACAGCAGCAGGCUGGGGAGCUGGCUGUCCUGAGGGAGAGGCAUAAGACCGCGCAGCAGGAGGUCUGCAGCCGUGACCAGACCAUCAGGAAGCUCAGAGGAGACCUGAAGAGUGCUGAGGAGCAGCUGGUGCAAGCGAAGGAUGAGGGGAAGGAGAGAGCUGCAGAAGGGAGUGGCCUGAAGGGAAAGCUCCACCAGCUGCAAGAUGACAUAAGAAGCCUGCAAGAGAUCUGUGGGGAGCGGGAAAAGGCCAUGGCGGAGCAGACCUGCUGCAUCCAGCAGCUCCAGCAUGAACGGGAGAUCUGCAUCAGCCAGGUGAGUGCUUGGCAGUCCUGCACAUAG